AAUAAGGGAGAUACAGCUCUCUGAAUAAGGGAGAUACAGCUCUCCGAAUAAGGGAGAUACAGCUCUCUGAAUAAGGGAGAUACAGCUCUCUGAAUAAGGGAGAUACAGCUCUCUGAAUAAGGGAGCUACAGCGCUCUGUCUGGUAUUGCUCAUGACUCAUGUCUAUUUGGAAUAUAAUGGCAGAACAUAUGAAUGGCAUGGAGUCAUCGUUUCGUGAUUUGUUCGAUGGCGCCUAGUCUAAUUUGAGAUUUUUCUCUUAGUCUUUGUCUGUCCACUUCUUUCUCACUCUCUCUAAAUGCUGUCAAUCCAGCAACAUUUUCAACUCAAACUGAAAGAAAGAGCACAUUUCUGUGAGUGGGUGGAUAGGAAGAGGAGACAUUGUUGCCUGCCUGCCUGCGUGCGUGCGUGCGUGCGUGCGUGCGUGCGUGUGCGUGUCUGCGGCAAUAGGCUUCUUCAGCGCCAGAUGACAUUAGGGUCUGUCCCAUUUAACUGACCCUCUCUGUGAGGUCAUUCUAGAAUCUAGAGAGGGCUUCCUUUCUCAACCUCCCUGCCUGGAGGCUGGCUAGCUAGCCUAGUGCUAAUUCAACCAGUCUCACUGCAGUGAGUGAGUCAGGGCUCCUCUCUGCUGUGUGACACACACACACCAUUAACCCAAUGAAUCCAAACAUGAAUGGAGGAGGAGGAGGAGUAGAGAGGAAAGGGGAAGUAGAGAGAGAUGCAGGAGGGUAUUUUAGGGCAGUGAGUGAAGUUGAGUUGACAGUUGGCCCGUAUUCAUCAUCGAGACUGAGUGUCUGUGGACAGGGUCAGCACAGGGGCUGGCAUCGGUGCUUCCCACUAAGCUUUGUCACUCAUCUCCAUGCUAUUUGUGGCAACCUGAGCCUGUAAAGUGACACCGUGGUGUUGUGUCUGCCUGUUAUACAGGGGCAGUGCAGGGUUUGGGAUUAUAAAAGGGAGAUUUAGUAUUGCCGAUCUGUCUCCUUGCCCUUUUUGCUAUUUUGUCAAAAUUGUCUGAGUACACCAGCCCUCUCUCUUUCCCUUCUCUCUCUCCCAUCUCUCUCUCUCUCCUCUUCUUCUCUAAUUCUAUCCUCUCUCUUUACGUGAAUUCCAAGGACUUCCUCCUCUACCUCAGUCAGGCUUCAGCACUUCAGCCAGCACAAGCCAACGAGUCUUUGUGUGGAAAGGGAGAGAGUGCGAGCGAGAGCAAGAGAAACAGAGGGUGAGAGAAAGAGAGAUAGAGAGAGAGAGAAAAAGAGAGAGAGAGCUAGAGAGGAGAGAGAAGCUGGCUGAGAGAGCUGACAGCAAGCAACACCAGAGGGAGAGGCAGAGAGGGAGUAGAGAGAGAAAGAUAGUGAACGCUAGACAGACUCCCGGGCGCUAAACAAUAGCGUAAGAGGGUAGCAGCAAGGUCUGUUCUUCUGGGAGCCCUGUCGAUGUGGACGUUUAUGUAGUGAAUACUGUGGGGAUGCACUAGAGAAUUCCUGGAGUUUGCAAGGCGAUACGACACAGGGCCAGACGUUGGGUGGUAGACCUACGGCAGGAUGAGUGGGAUCCUGAAGAGGAAGUUUGAGGAGGUGGAGGUAGACAGCCCCUCCCCCUGCCUCUCUCUCCGGGGGUCCGAUGACGAGGUCUCUGCUGGCAGCGACAGUGGGAACAGCAGCGACAGCGUCAACCCCGGCCCCUCCACCCCCGUCGCCCCCUGUUCUAUCUUGAGGUGUGAGAAGCGCCUGCUGGUGCGCAAUGUGCACUUUGAGAGCGUGACGGUGUACUACUUCAGCCGGCGCCAGGGCUUCACCAGCGUGCCCACGCAGGGUGGCAGCACCCUGGGCAUGUCCACACGCCACAGCUGGGUGCAGCGCUACACCCUGGGGGAUUUCGCUGUGGAGCAGGAGAGAAGCCACAGAGACAUGCUGCGAGACCACCUCAAAGAGGAGAAACUCAACGCCAUCAAACUCAAGCUGACCAAUAAUGGCACUGUGGAGUCAGACGAGGCCGAGUCACUGACCCUGGACGACAUCUCAGAGGACGACAUCGACCUGGACAACACGGAGGUGGACGAGUACUUCUUCCUGCAGCCGAUGACCACCAGGCGGCGCCGCGCUGUCCUCCGGGCGUCCGGGGUGCGACGCAUCGACGUGGAGGAGAAGCACGAGCUGCGGGCCAUCCGGGCGUCCCGGGAGGAGUGCGGCUGUGACUGCAGGGGGCUGUGCAACCCCGCGACCUGCGCUUGCAGCCUGGCCGGCAUCAAGUGCCAGGUAAAUGGAGCUGUGGUAGAUCGCAUGUCAUUCCCGUGCGGCUGCAGCAAGGAGGGCUGCAGUAACAGCACAGGCCGCGUCGAGUUCAACCCCAUCCGUGUUCGCACCCACUUUCUGCACACCAUCAUGAAGCUGGAGCUGGAAAAGAGCCACGAGCAACAACAACCGCAGGUCACCAAUGGCUACCACGAAGAACUAACAGUCAAUGUCCCUGUCCAGCGUGCUCUGCAGUACCCCCUGAUGUCUGACAACAUCCCAGUCCCGCAGGCUCCCAUCAUGCACCUGCCGACUGCCAGCGACGCUGAGCAGCAUCUAGAAGAGGAAGUGGAUGAAGAUGAGGAAGAUGAUGAGGAGGAGGAUGAGGACGAUGGUAGUAGUUUAUGUAGUGGCCUGUCGGACUGCAGCACCGACAGCCUGCACAGUAGUGACUCUGAGGAGGAAGAGGAGGAGGAAGAUGACUGUGAGUCUAUGGAGGAGGGGGUGAGUGGACCCCCAGUCUCUCACACAGAGGUGGUUCCUCUCUCCUCUGUGUUGGGUUACACUGAUGGCACACACACCAACACCAACCGCGCUAACCCCAUCUCAUACUACCACAACCCUUCAUCAGGGUACUACCAGAUGGACAACUCAGCCAACCUGAACCCCACACCCAAAGCCCCUAGUGAAGCUCCCUCACUCCCCAACAGGGAGGGGGCCACCGAUGGCCCCACGGUCGUGUCACAGGAACAGCCUAAAACCACCUCCGAGCCGCACACAGACCACCUCAGCCAGAUAGAGGGACUGUAUAUGCAUUUUCCCCACACUGACAAAGCACCAGCAGCCAACGCCUGUUCCUCAGCCCCGCAGCAGAGCAACACUCCCCACAGUGGGGAGACUAGUACACUACACCAUGAGCAGCCCUUUCAGACACAGGUUAGCGUUUUUCAUCAUGAAUCUUGUUCUAGUGGCAGCUCUGCGGAGUGGUCACUAGCUGGCACAGCCACAAAGUCAUAAAAUCAGAUUUUAAACCUAACCUUAACCCUGAACCUAACCACACUGCUAACCCUAAUGCCUAACCCUUAAGUUAAGACCAAAAGCACAUUUUAGAAUUUUUACAAUAUAACCAAUUUUGACUCAGUAGCUGGCCUAUCUAAGGGGAAAUCGCUCAGUUCUGCCUCCAGGACAAGACUCAUGACAAUAAUUGUCAAUCAGCCUUUCAGACAGACAUGGACGGUAAUGAUUUUAUACUGUCACUGAAGAAAAGCACACGGUCUGAGGUAUCUGUGGGGACUGAGGAGCAGCAAAGCCAAGGGUCUUUCAACGGGCUGGCUGAGGCGUCCUCUCUCCUACCUGAGAAUAAAAGGGAUCCACCAAUUCUAGAGACUAACACUAGUCACUAGCAGUGUCAGGUAGACUUGAGGCAAGUUCAAUGAAACUGGUUAGUGUGAUAAGUCAAAUAAGCAUUCCUUUGCAGUAAGUAUGCACAUUUGAAUUCAUGUGCUGACCAACUUAAAGGGUUAAAGGGAUACUUCAGAAUGUUGACAAUAAAGCCCUUUAUCGCCUUCUCCAGAUCCAGAUGAACUCGUGGAUACCGUUUGUAUGUCUCUGCAUGUAGUUUGAAAGAAGUUGCUAACUAGCGUUAGCGCAAUUGCUAACUAGAGUUAGCGCAAUGACUGGAAGUCUAUGGAAACCAGAUGCUAGCUGUGACCAUAGACUACCAGUCAUUGCACUACCACUAGUUAGCAUUGGCUUGCAAAACUACCUCUAACUUCCUUUGUACUGGAUGAAGGAUGCAGGGACAAAAAGAUGUAUCCAUGAGUUCAUCGGACUAGGACUGGAGAAGUAGAUAAUGGGCUUCAUGGCCAAAAUCCUGAAGUAUCCCUUUACUAGUGAAACUACAUGAUGUCAGUAUCAAUUCAUUUUCUGUACAGGAAUAAUGCUGUUUUUGACCUAUCCUAGAAACUGGGUUGUCAGUUUGAUUGAAUAGAACCUGAAGGACAGUGUUUGUUGUUUUUCACUCCUGAUGAAUGUACCUUUUUAAAGCGAACGAUUAGGUUUCAAAGGCAAGUUGUGGGGUUUUGCCUCAGAAGGAUCUUUGCACAUUAUUGCACACACACAGUUUCCAUGUCCUGGAUCUGAAUGUCUAACAGCUAUUGGACAAUGACUGUGAAAUAGUUAGAAUUAAACAAAACGAUUCCUUAUUUCAACAAUAUAACCAUGUUGAAUGGGAAAAUGAAAAGAUAAUCUAAUUUUAGUUAAACGAAUGAACUAAGAUAGACAGUAGGGCUCGGACGAUAUCAGUAACGCGAUACUUGUUAGUAGCGUGUCAAUGAAACAAAACACGAAGCGGAUUUAACUUCUUUAGGAAAACAGCCCUAAUGUUGGAAAUAAACAUUGCUGUCGGCCAGAGUCACAUGUCUUUAUUUUCCAUGUUAUAGCUCACAGCAUUUAUAUAUAGCAGGUUUUUAAAAGACCUGGAGCGUUUUGUCUGCUUCGUGUUUCAAUUUUUGCAGUACUGGUAUAGUCACAGCCUUAGUAGAUUGAGCUUUUAUAUGGAGUCAAGUGGAAAAUGUAUAUAGCUGCAGUUUAUUUAUGGCUAUACAAAGUUUAUGUAAUAUUAUGUGCGUUUUGAUAAUGAGAGCAUGCUGUGGAUUUUGAGGUACUACAAUUAUUAAGCGUCGGUCUCUGAUUUGUGUUGUCUCAUAGAUGUUGAAUACUUUGCAUGUGUUUUGUUGAAAGGAAAACGCCCCGUUUAAAAAUGAAAGUCGUUUUUUAAAAUUGUAUAUGCAGUGAGAAUGUCAAAAGGAAACACAUGAAAGAACAUCUAUACUUUACAUUAGAUUGGACAAUCCUCCAAGAUACUGUCGUUAGAGACACAGACUUAUAAUCGUCUCUAGUCUUACCACUACAUUUAGGUCCAUUUUCAAUUGGACCAUGAAACUUGGAAAAUGUACGUCAUUUGAAAUCGUUUUAAACGUCUUGCUCAAUUUCAUGAGACCAGCUAUAUUUUCAGUGCUGCUAUUAUGAUUUGUUAUAACGUUUUAUUGUCACAUGCACAGGAUACAGCAGGUGUAAAACAGUACAGAGAGAACCUUAACUUGCGAGCUCUUUCCCAAAAAUGCACAAUAACGGUAGUAAUACAGAUAAGAAAUAAAACGCGUGAAAUGCGACAGAAGAAAAACAGAAGAGUAGAGUUAUAUAACGUUCUUCUAUACAGGUCAGUACGGUGCCAGUACUGUUAUUUCAAUGUGCAGGGGUACUGGAGUGAUUGAGGAAGGAAUGGACCUACUCAAUCAAAACAUGUUCUUUGUCUCCACUCUCUUUUCUCUAUGUAUCCAGUCUCUUCAUCUAGCCCUUUUAUGGUUCUCCUCGCUCUCUUUCGCUCUCUCUCUCACGCUCUCUUUCUCUUGCUCUCAUGACCUCUCUCUCCUCUCACCCAGCCUGUGACAUCAUAUCACGUCAGCCAAUGAGGUGGUGUGUAGCGUAAGGGUGCCAAAGCGUUCAUGUUCAGGUAAUCUAUAGUGAAGUAAGCUACGUCUGUACCAGUCUCUGAUAUUCUGCUGUAGAUAUGAUUUGGUAGUCUAUAUUGUGGUCAAUGUGGAAAUGGGUAUUUAUUGUGGUUUAUUCUCGCAGCAGUCUGUUGUGUCAUGAAGGCCUUGAAGUGCACAGAGCUCAUGUUGUUUUUGGCUUUGUCCCAAAUGGCACCUUAUUCCCUUUAUAGUGCACUUUUUUUGAACAAGGAAGCAGUACGAUUAUAGGGUAUUUGGGACAUAGACUUCCUGUUCUGUUUAGUUUUGUUACAGAAUGUCUCUUUGUUUAUCAAGACUGCCUAGAACUGGGGGCCAAAAAUAGAUUUUCUCUGUCUCUUCUUUUUUGCAUCACCAUUUGUUCCUUUUUCCACAAACAUCAGACUUAGAGAAUAAAUAACCAAUGGAACAA